AUGGAGCAGAGGAUGUUGCGGCCGGCGGCGCCCAGCACCAGCUGCGCGUGCCCUCUGGCGGGGCGACCUCACCCGGCGGAGCCAGGCCGUGGAGCGGUCGCGGCGGCGGGGCCGACGCUCCGGCCAGCCCGCGGCGUGGCGGAGGCGGCGCGGCCCCUCCGGCCAGCCAGCAGCGUGGCAGAGGAGGCGCGGCGGCGGCUCCCGGCGCACAGGCCACAGAGCAGCCUCCCCAGGCCAGAUCAGGAGAUUGACAACGAGAUCCGGCAGAAGAAAGAGGCCUGCUACACCGACGUCGAGAACGGGCUGUGGGGCUGGGUGUGCAGGUCCUCGCCGACGGAGAAGGAGAACUGCGUGCUGCGCUGCCUCUCGUCGGAGUGCUACGACCUCAUAUACGGCGGCGAUCCAGUGAGUGGUGGCAUCAGGACCUUGAGGAAGGGGAGUUGGACUAUGUUCGAGGCCAGGAGUACAAGUACUGUAUGCACAAAAAAUCAAUGGUUUCUUGGAUUAUUUACUUAUGGUUUGGAACAUAAUUCCAACUGGCGUGUUGAGUGGCGCAACAUAUAUUGUCCUCUCAAAACUUACCCAUCCACCAACAUUUAUCCUGCUUAUUUGGGAGUAACUGAUGGUGAUGUUGAGGAUGAUACAAGUUUUGAUGGUGGUGAGACUGAAAUGCUGGCGCGUGAUUUUAGGACAGUCACCAUUCAAGAUAUCCUGCAGACUACAACUUGGUUAAUGAUUUGGCUUAUACCGUUGCCUCUUGAACACUCAUGGCCAACCAUCUUGCAACCAAACAUGCGGCGGGCAGCAGGUGAUGCUGGUUUCAUUCAGGACAAGAUUGCAGAGUUGGCAGACAGCAAUUGGAGGGUGAUCACCAAUCCACUUGUUGAGCUGCUGAUCUGA